UUGAUUGGUUUUGUUUGUUUGCAUGCAAGCAGUAAGCCGCAGGCGUGCAUGAGAAUUGACAAGGUGAUGACAUUCAAACGAAUUAUUGUGUGGAUGUGACAGUACAUCUUGAUUUCACUUCAAAGCGUGUAAGACUGUUUCAGUCUUAGUAGAAGUAUGCUUUUGUUUUGUCCUUGUUGCUCCAAUUCUUUGACUGCUGCAGAAGGCAGUCGUCGUUUUAAUUUUGUCUGCCACACGUGUCCUUUCAAAUACGGCAUCACUAAACUUGUUUCCAAGAAAACAUACCCAAAGCUCAAGGAGUUGGAUGAUGUAUUAGGGGGGUCUGCAGCCUGGGCCAAUGUUGAUGCAACUGACGAGCGGUGUCCAAAGUGUUCACACCCCCGAGCUUAUUUUAUGCAAAUUCAGACUCGUUCAGCAGAUGAGCCAAUGACAACAUUUUACAAAUGUUGUAACCAUGAAUGUGCACAUCGCUGGCGUGAUUAG